AUGGUACGCGUUGGCCUACAAAUUUCAGCAAAUUUAGAAAAUAUUGAAGAACUGAAAACCUGCCAUCCCGACUAUGCAUUCUUUGUGAAAAUCACCUGUACCAAUUGUGGUGAAACAUCCGACAAAUGGCACGAUAUUAUCGAAUCGGAGAAAACACAAUUGGAUACACGAAAUGCGGAUGGUUUCAAUUUUUAUAUGAAAUGUAAAAUGUGUAAUCGGGAAAAUUCCAUAGAUAUUGUGGAAAAGUCGAAUGCCACCUAUACCCAAGACGAUAAUGGUAAAUUCAAAACAAUCGUGAUUUUCGAUUGUCGUGGUGCUGAACCUGUAGAAUUCUCACCCCGUGCCGGUUGGAUAGCCAAGGCGGUCGAUGGCGGCCAAACAUUUGAAAAUAUUGAUCUAUCUGAAGAUGAUUGGGUAGACUAUGACGAGAAGAAUGGCAAUUCGGUGGGCGUUUAUGAAUUUGCAUCGAAAUUUAUUAAACUGAAGAAGUAAACAAAAAG